UACAAUAACACAUAGGAUAACAUAGACUAACUUAUUUUUUUAAUACCGAACCGAAUUCGCAGGUGCACGCUAGUCAACAAUAACUUUACAGAAACAGUUUCCGAGUUCCAAAAAGAAACAAUUUUUUGCAUCUUUCACAGUACUUUAACGAUCUGUCAUUGAAAAAAUAAUAAAGAGCAAAGCCGAGGGGUGAAACCAGUAAUGAUAAAGAUUUGUUAUCGUGUUAUUUUCAUAAUAGUUACUUAUCCUUAUUCAUAACCUAUAUAGAUAAGACUAGUUUCAUGCUCAGAUUAUAAAGUGUCUUCUGGAUCGAAACAGUAAAAUGGCUUUCGUAGGCAAAGUUGUAUUUAUCAGUGGUGCAAGUUCAGGAAUAGGAGCAGCUACGGCCGUCGAAUUUGCUAAAGAAGGUGCAAAUGUUGUGAUUAAUGGCCGAAACGAAACCAAAUUAAAAAAUGUUUAUCAACAGUGUGAAGAAUACAGUAAAAAAACAUUAAUUGUUAAAGCUGAUAUAUCAAAAGAUGAAUAAGCAAAAGCAGCUAUUGAAGAAACGAUUAAACAGUUCGGACAACUUGACGUUCUAGUAAAUAAUGCAGGGUUUUCUAAAUCUGGAAGUAUACUUGAUGGAAACUUAUUAUCAAGUUACGAUUCUGUAAUGGCUACCAAUGUGAGAGGAGCGGUGCAUUCAACUCAGUUAGCAACACCUCAUCUUAUUAAAAGUAAAGGAAAUAUAAUAAAUGUUUCAAGUGUAGCUGGUAGUAGUUGUCCAAUUUUACCACAAAUUAUUUCAUAUUGUGUAUCCAAAGCUGCUCUUGAUCAUUUUACUCGUUGUGCGGCUUUGGAGCUGUCUGGAUUAGGUGUUCGUGUGAAUGCAGUCUGCCCCGGUCCUGUAGAAACAGAUUUUAGACAGAAUGCUGGACUGGGAGAAGGUAAUAGAAAUGUGCGUGCAAAUUAUACACCUUUAAAGAGAGUGUCUGAUUCAAUUGAGAUUGCUGAUUUAAUUUUAUUCUUAGCAAGUGAUAAAGCUAAAGGUAUUACAGGAUCUAAUUAUGUAUCGGACAAUGGUUAUCUGAUUAAAUAAAAAUACAAACUGCAAGUCAAUACUUAGGUU